UCUCUCAUCACCAGUAAGCACCAUUGUCUUUUCCAUCUUUAUUCUUGGGGCUGAGUAACUAUGUCUGACAUAGAGGAAGAGAACGAGGAUCAGCAGGAGGAGGACGAGGAAGGAGAAGAAGUGGAACGUCCUAAAUACAAGCCCAUGGUCUCCCAGCUCGCUGCCCCCAAAAAUCCUGAGGGGGAUAGGGUGGACUUUGACGUGAGCCGACAUGACAUCCACAGGAAAAGAAUGGAGAAGGAUCUUCUGGAGCUGCAGACCCUGAUCGACGUCCAUUUUGACCAGAGGAAGAAAGAAGAGGAAGAGCUCAUUGGACUCAAGGACCGGAUUGACAACCGCAGAUCAGAGAGAGCGGAGCAGCAGCGCGUGCGAGCAGAAAAAGAACGGGACAGACAGACGAGAAUCGCGGAAGAGCGGCAGAGGAAGGAGGACGAAGAAGCCAAGAAGCGGGCGGAUGACGACGCCAAGAAGAAGAAAGUGCUCUCUAACAUGGGGGCUCACUUUGGGGGUUUCUUGGCAAAGGCAGAGCAGAGGAGGGGGAAGAGACAAACAGGGAGGGAGAUCAAGAAGAAGACACUGGCGGAGAGACGCACACCCCUCGCCAUUGACAACCUGAGAGAGGACGGCCUGAGGGAGAGAGCUAAAGAGAUGUGGGAGUGGAUUUACCAGCUUGAGUCAGACAAAUUUGACCUGACUGAAAAGACGAGACGACAGAAAUACGAGAUAAAUGUUCUUCUGAAUAGAAUUUCUCAUGCCCAGAAAUUUAAAAAGGUCCAUGGUAAGGGAAAGGUUGGAGGUCGCUGGAAGUGAGCACACAGUGGAAGCAGUGAAGAAAGAAGACCAUAUAUUCUGUUUCGGGAAAGCGUUACAAAAACAAUGUCUCAACAUUUUUCUCUUGAACUCAUUGAGGUGACACGAUUUACUGUGUGCCAUUAACUGAAACAGAUUCUAUGUAUUACAGUACUCAUUAAAA